AUGCCCAUGAACUUUAGCCAUGGCGGGUUCAAGGGCGUAUGCAGAAUACCACAUUCUAGUGGUUCCUUAGACGAGAAAAUUGAGAACGAGUUCCAUUUUAACAUCGAAGUGGCUAGAACUAAAGCAGACGACCAAAACGAAAUUACUCUCGACUUGCAAGUCCAAAUUCAAGGGAAAAAAGCAUAUGGUGAAUGGGGAAUCCAUGAAGUCUUCCGGGAUAUUUUGCACCAGAAUUUUGCUGAUGUGCCAAAAUUCAACUUGGUGUUCUCCCAGAGGCCAUUUACCGAUGACGAGUUGAAACUCUUCAACCGUUCGCGAAUACGUGUCCGUUUUCAUGAAAUCGCCGUUGCGCACAUUAGAAGGUAUACGAAUGAUACAGCACAACUAAGUGUAGAAACUGAUCUUGAUGGAAGUCGCGGUUAUGGACCUGUUGACUAUUUGUGCGAAAGAGGGAACGCCAUCAUUUUUAUAUGCAUAUUUUCAGUCAUUGUUAGGCAAGCUCAAGCUCGGCAAAACGGACUUUGGGUCACCACCCUUAUUCGGCAUUGUAACGACGGCAUAUACUUGGCGUUUCAUUCGUUGGACGGUUCUCCGGAAAACCCAACGGUUGAAAUCUCUUGUGACUAUGCCUGCGAUUUCACUGGGGAUAUGCAGAGUGCAAAAGAUGUUGAGGCCGAGAAUACGAAGUUAAAACAGAUUAUGGAACAGAAUGCCAAACGAAAAGCUGAGAAUAUCGAGUUUAAAGCUGAAGUAGCAAAAUUAAGGCAUGAUAUCGAGGAAAUUAAAAAGCAAACCCGGGUGAUUAUUAAUGAACAGGAAGCAUCUUCCACACAAGAUAUUUCGCAUUCUCCAACCAGUUCACCAUUACCAGUAACCUCACCGUCACCUAUUGAGAAUCAAACUCGGGUAAGUGCUACAUCUACUGAAUCUAAAACCUCUGACUCUUCCGGCUCUACAAAAUUAUCAGAAGCCAAGGUAAGUGUACCACAAUUACUCAACACAAAAAGACCACGUCAGUCAUUCCGUACGCUUCCCGUGCUCCCUAUAUCAAUACAGUAUUGA